UUAGUGAUCAGGAUGAUCACAUUAUUCACAUUCACAAAUCACAACAUGCCAACCAGUGCUAACUUCAUGAAAAUGACAAGUGUUAACUAAUUGGCUUUCAGAUUUUUUCCACUUAUAUGUGUUUCUAAAAUCAAAACAAUUAAAAAUUUCCCUUUUUCAAUUGUGGAAAUCAUAUUGGAGCACGAUCUUUGAGUAAAAAAGUUAUUCAACAUGACAGCUCCGUGACAGGUGAUGAUAUUCUCACAAAUUCAGUUUAACCUCAUUAACAGUGAUAGAAAGUGUUCAAUUGAGAAGCAGAUGGAUAAAAAAAAGCUCACCUUAUCAGUUAAAAAUUCUAUUAUGAUGGAGGACCUAAAAUUUAAAGUUUUAGGACUCCUCAAUAAACAGAAUCAACCGAAAAUACCAUCAAUGGGACUCCAUCCAGAUCUGUUAAAUCCUACAAAUGAAUCUCAAAAUUCAGAUGACCGCUACUCUGAAGCAGGUCAAUCUACCGAAAAUGAAGCAGUUCCAGAUCAGGAAAUUUUAGAAUCAAUUGAACAAAUUUACUAUGAAGUCGACAGUGAUUUCGAUCCUUGUAGAUAUGAAUUUGAAAAACUACCAAAAGUAUUAAACUCGAAAGAUAUUGAACGCUAUUAUAAGAACUUGAAGCAACAGCAACAAGUUGUUUCGAAAAAAGUUCUCCAAUUGAUUCUUCAAAAACAGAAUAAUUGUAAGGAGGAAUUUGAAAGAAUUUUAUUAGUGCAGGAGCAACUUCAAGACACGCUUGUGAUCUGUAGGGUUGGAAGAGCGGAUCUGAACUUGGCCAGAAAGCAAUUUACGACUGCUAGUUUAGGAAUUCUUGCCCACUAUCGAAAACGGCAAAUUAUUGAAGAUUUACUUGGUAGUUUAAAUACUAUUAAGACACUUCAACGAACAGAGGAUCGUCUUCAAGAACUAUUGAAUGAAGAAAACUAUCCAGGAGCAAUCUCUCUACUCUUGGAAUGCCAGAGUGCAGCUCAAACUUUCAAACACUUUCAUUGUGUCGCUGCUCUAAAUAGAAAACUCCAGGACACCUUGGAACAAGUCGAAGAGACGUUAGACGUUACUCUUGCAAAGUUGUGUACACAAUUUGACGUCACAAUAUAUUCGUCUGUUCAGGAAGCUUACAGUUUGUUGGGAAAAACCCAAACGGCUAUGGAUCAACUUCAUAUGCAUUUUACAGCAGCGAUUCAUAAUACUGCUUUCACUGCCGUUUAUUCCUUUGCCGGUGGCGACUUAAAGAAACAGUAUAAACAAUUAUGUCGAUCUAUAACUCAAGAGAAUUUUAUUCCUUGCUUAACGGAACUCUGUAAAUCAAUGUGGGCAAUUCUCAGCUCUUAUUUUCUCAUAGUUAGAUGGCAUGAUGCCCAUGAAAGUCAUGCAACGCAAGAAGUAACAAAAAAGAAAGACAUAGAAUCUAAUUUUAAUAGGCAAUAUAUAAAACAAAAAUUAGAGAACGGAGUUGUCAGAAUUUGGCAUGACGUCGAAACGAAAAUAGCGAGUUUUAUGGAAACGGAUUUGUCGAACUUCAAGUUUGAACAGUUUGUUCAGGUCUUAGGAAUUAUUAAUAGAAUGAUGAAGAUUGGAGAAGAAUUAUGUGCAAGCAGAUCGGAGAAUUUGCAAGAGUGUAUUAGAAAGCAGUGUUUGUCCUAUUUUUCAAACUAUCAUGCCUUAAGACUAGACGAGUUAAGGAUAUUUUUAGAGAACGAUGGCUGGGAACUUUGUCCUGUAAAACCUACAUUCGCGGCGAUGCAACUUCAGGAAUUUAAAAGCUUAAAACCUAUUUUCAACAGUCUUAGAAAUUGGAAUGCCUCUGAGAGUUCGAGUUUGUCGGAAAAUGAAAAUUGCCUCUCUAACGGAUGGUUACAAAGGUGUUUAGAUGGCGGAACAUCGCCCUUCGACGUUGGUUUAGACGAGACAAUGGACGAAGAUAUUUUAGCCAACACCGGUGACGAAUUAUCUGGAUACUUUUCCGAUGAUUCAGAAGAAGAUAUCCCUGAAGAAAUUCAUCGCGACUACGUGGAAGAGUCCCAACAUGGAAAAAUAGUGAAGAAGAAGCACAAAGCAAAACAUACUGGUCCGAUCGUCACUAAUACAACCUUGAGUGUUCUUAGAGUCUGUGGAAGAUAUUUGCAAAUGAUAAGACUCUUAAAAUCAAUUGCCGAAACCGUAAUUCAAAGCAUGAUUCAAUUUUUCGAUCUUUAUUUUUAUACCGUUCAUUUGUUUUUUACCUCAGAUCUUAUAAUUACAAGUGAUUCUCUGUACAGUCAAAAGUUGAAAUUAGCUUUAAUUCGAAUGAAGGAGAAUCUUAUAUUGAACGAAGUUGAUUUGGAAAAUUCGGCGAGUCGAUUUCACAAGGUUCAACAACCACAAUUAUCUCCUAUUGUGAAUCUCACACAACCUGAAAGACUUCAUGGACUGACUGAACGAGCUGUAGCUGUAGAAUCUCUAAUAUUUUUAGGUAAUCAGUACGAGAGUUUUAGACAUUAUUUUGAACAUUUGAUAUCAAACAGUCAGGAGAAAAGUUAUUUACAUCAAUUUUAUGAGCAAACGAUAACAUCAGUCACGGAUUUACGAAAACCUGUCUAUAUGGCUGUUGUUUCACAAGCUCUUGAUAUUACUGGAGUUUUGAAUCUCAUGACAAAAGUGAAUUGGGAGGUCAGGGACGUCAUGUCUCAACAUAGUAGUUAUGUUGAUAAAAUUUUGAAGGAAAUGGAAGUAUUGCGUAUGAGACUUAAUGAUAUUGGAAAUCGAGUGCCUUUACCCACAGAAGUGUACGUUGCAAUUUGGGAAAAUGUGGCCCAUUUGGUCACUCGAACCUUAGUAGAAGGGUUUUCAAAUGCUAAAAAAUGUUCUAACGGAGGAAGAGGAUUGAUGCAACUAGACUUUACUCAAUUGACAUCAAAAUUUGAGAGCUUCACUUCUUUGAGACCAAUGCCGCACAAAGAAUACGUCGAGUUGUAUAUUAAAGCUUUUUAUUUAACUGAAGACAAGUUGGAAGAAUGGGUAAAGGAACAUAAAGAAUACUCAACAAAGCAGUUGAAGGGACUCGUUUCCUGUACUUGUCAAAACAAUAAAAAGACGCGGCUAAGGUUGAUAGCAGUGGUGGAGGAUCAGAGACCAAAUAGAUAGCAUCAAAUUAUUCGCUACAACAUUCCCGAAGAAAACAUAGAAGUGGAAGGAAUAGAUUGUACAGUGCAAUCAGUUUAAUGAAUCUCCAGUGAAAAAUGAAUUGCCUUCCAAAACGUUCAUGGCAAAUAAAUUGUAUAUAUACAUAUAUAAAAAAUAAGACAAAAGGCCAUAAACAUAUCGAUGCGUGAAACGCUUUCGUGAGUCUUUUAGUAAUUAUUCUUAUUUUUUUAUAGUAUUUUAAAACAAAAUAAGAGUAAACCGUUAUUAUUGUAUUUUUAGUUUUUAUUUAUGACUUACGUUUUGAUUUAUUUUUGUGUUAAUUUGUACAAAAUUUGAAUCUCUAAAUGCUGUCUCUACCGUGCAAAGUUGAAGAUUUUUAUAUUAUAUAUAUAUAUAUAUAGAUCUAAGAAUUGUUGUCGCAGAAUACAUUAAUCUGUUUUUACAUCAAUAUAGUACAUUGUAAUCAA